AUGAUUUUUAGAUCUUUGGUAAAUUUUGGUAAUAGUUCAAAUAAUUAUGAAUCAUUAAAAUCAAAUGGUGUAUCUAGUCAAUUGUUGGUAUUAAAAGAAAAUAAUAUUGGAAACCAACAAUCAAAUAAUAGAAUGGCAAAUUUUCUUGGUGGAAGUAAUAGAUAUGAUAGAAUUUGUGAAGAAUAA